AUGGACCAGGAGAACAUCCCUAUCACCCGGACUCGACCAAAAAUGUCUGAAUUGGCCGUCGCCAAGCUCAGUCCUUUGAAGAGGUCGGACACUAUCAACGCCGACGAGACUUUGCAGUUGCCAUCGCCACCUUCAAGCCAACUCAACAUUAUGGACAUGGAUUUGAGGUCAAUGAGAGGGUCGUCUUCGGACGCAUCAAGGUCGUUGAUCAGUCCGCCUCCAGAAGAAGCGUUGAGGGGAAUAGACGACGCACCAACCUCGCCCUUCACACCGUCUCUCGUGGCAAACUCGCGUUCCAAGGCCUCAAGCUCCAAACGAAAGCGCACUGCAGCAUCUACGUCUAGCUCUACAUCUAGUUAUACCACAUUCCGGGCGACACCCAUUCUGGAAGCAACCCCGAAUCCCAAACCGCGCAAGCAGCUGAGGAAGCACACACGAGCACUAUCCAACCAAUCCUCGGAAAGUGAUACCGUCAUGACGUCCCCGUUGGCUACAGGAAGACGACGGACGCCCACUCUACGAGUUACAGAGUAUCCAGAGCACUCACCAAGCCCACAAACAACGCCAACACGUGCCCAGCGAACGUCUCCGAUCAGACGCACGUCGACACCAAGCAGGUCGCGAACCACAUCACCGAAGACUUCGCCACAUAAGAGCCGCCCUCAUUAUCUACAAUCACCUCAUGCGCAGAAUCCGGAGGCCAACUAUAUCCCGCCCUUUCCGGUUGCGGCACUAUCAUUCGACGAAUCUUGCAACCGUAAUACAUCUAUCCGCCGUGCACGACGCAGCGCGACACCGGUUAUACCUCCAUACGAGCCCCCGCCAGAUGUUUUCACACCACCGAAAGUCGUCGUUCUCAGCCCGCCAACCCAAUCCCGACGUGCGAGCUCCAAGCCCCGGAUGUCGCGAACCAAGAGCGCAACGCCGAAACCUGAAUUAGGAAAAUCACGAAAGAGGGUCACUGGCGUAUUGACCAUCAAGACUGAAAUGCCUGAAAUAGAUCUCACCGACCCUGCUCCCCCGCCUUCACCGACCGAUGAUCCCUUACUCCUCAGUGGGCCUGUUGACGUGCCGAGCUCCUCACGGUCGCGACGUUCUCGCAACAGGACGGAAGAGUGCACCCCCACAGCGCGCAAACAACUCGUCUUUUCAUUACCGAAGAUACCUGACUUCAAAUCCAAGACUCCACCCCUCCAAUUUCCUACGUCGCCACCUGGUGUACCAAGAUCAGAAGAAACACCUCCAGCCAAUCCCGCCUUUCCAAGUGACCUCCCAGCAUCAUCUCCUUUGCCCAGCAGCGACGACGAUGGCUGUGAUGAUGGCCCUUUGGAGUUCCUUCAGCAUGGCCCGAUCCAGGAGUUUGAGACAUCGACGGACAUGGAUAUGGAUUUACCCAUCUUCAACUUGGACCCCAAUGCAGCGGACGACGCAUUCUCUGAUAGCGACGAUGAAUUACCUCCGCCCAACCCUGUGAGCAAAGCGUCUGUAGUUGACGAAGGGGAAGGCGAAUACACCGGGCGGUGGAAGUUGUUGGCUGUACCAACCAAGAACGACCCACCGUCCAGCGCGACGAGAGAACGCAUGGACAAGUGGGGCAAUCCUAUCAGUCCAUUUCCACAACGCUUGGCUAAAUCGGUUGAACGUCUUAUAUUCAGCCCGGACGUUGAAGCCGAGCAGACACCGGCAACCCCUCAACAAUUACCCCCCGAGCAUCCACAGGCCGUCGAGCCCGAGUUGGAGCUACCUGUGGUUACCGAGCCAGAACCUACCGAGCCAGCGCCCGUUGGUGCCUUCGACUUCGACGUCAGCUUUGAGUCCGCUGGUGGGGGAGAUAACGUAGAUCAUGAAGACGACACGUUUGCUUUCGGUGACCAGUCUUUUGAAGUCGAGCUAAAUGAUGAGGGUGCGGAUGAAGAAGCUGAUGAAGAUCCCUUGUUUGUCCACCAGGGAGAUGAAGUAGAGGUCGCCGACAUGCAAGUGGCCGAAGAAAGAGUUCAUCCGGCGCCACCUUUGCUACCCGCUGAAGAUAAUGAACUCGCCGAGCAUCAGGAAACCGGAGGUGUUCCUAUGAUCGUCGAGGGUCCCCCAGAAACUACCGACCUUGAGAUGCAAACCAAGUCCGAAGAUGAUUUGCAACCUCUGGACCUCAGCACCCCGGUUGAAUUCCACGGAUGUGAAGACGAAGCGAUGUCAAACGACCCACCAACCGCGCCGGUCGUUUCGCCAAUGCCCACCCCGGAGGAACAUACUAGCAUUUCAGCAGAUGACGAGAUGAAGGUGGUCCCAGACGUAGAUUCGAGCGAUGAAAGCGAUAACGAAGUUGGUGACACAAGCGUGGUGGAGAUUACCAGCGAGGAUCCUGUAGCCGCCGCAAGAGCAGCAGCGAUUUUGAAACAGCACCGACGAAAAUCAACAGCCAGUAGGAGCUCGUCGCCCAGCGGCCUGGAUCAAACGGCUCGACAUUCACGACGACGAAGCGCCUCCGCAGGUGGUAUCAACAAGUCACGCUCGCCGAGGAGCCCAGUGAUGACUCUGCCCGAAUUGCUGCAAAAAGCUGAACGUGACAUUCAAGUGGAGUUGGUGCGUCGCGGCGCCGUUGAUGCCAUUCAACGUGAGAGCCCCGCCUGGCAGGAUCCGUAUACGACGCCGUGUCCCCCUACUAGGCGUUUCCCUCUACCAUCGGCUCCUCGAGAGCAAGAUGCGGCUACGCCCCGCGUGUGGUUGAAGGACGAUUGGAAAAUCCUGGACUCUUGCUUCACCGACGAAAGGCUAGAAUUGGGCGCAACUGUUGCGCUCGGAGAGGAUAUUGAAGGCGACUUGGAUGUAUUAGCCGACGUCGACGAUGUAUCUUUAGAUGAUGUCGUUGAUCGUUUCAUCGACCAGAUAGGCGGCGAAGCUGUAGCUAAAUCCUAUGGUGAUGGCUGGAGCCGGGAUAACCUACUGCGUAGAGCAAAGGCUCUCCAGGAUAAACAGCGCAAAGGCCACGUUCCCCCACCUACGAUACCUGCACACGUAAGGACGCCUAGUCCAUUCACCUUCGGCAAGAUACGAUCGCCAUCCAUGGAGAUACCUGACUUCACCCCCGCCGCCAUGCGCUACGUACCCCGCACCCAAGCAGAGCCUUCGAACCCCUACCCCCAACCAUCAACUGACCUCCCUUUCCAAAACCUCCCGGCGGAGAGGCCAAGGACACUUCCUGCCACUCUCCUUGCACCUCGAUAUUCGCAUCUACUCGAUGAAGCUAUAGUAGUCAGCCAAUCUCCGUCGUCUGGGUCUUGUCAAGAGUCUACAUCAGAAUCAGGAAUCAGCGACGGACCCAUGCAGUCAGAGCUCCCGCCUCAUGAACCUUGGACACCACAUCAACCGAUGACGAUGGGGAAGCGUGUAAAAGGGAUGUUGUUCUCGUAUCUCCCGUCACUAUCGAAGACUGCACCUCAACCUUCUCGAUCCUCGAAAGCUGUCUCUGGCUUACCACUUCCUCCUCCCGAUAUCUUGGAGAAGCAUCGCAAACCAGUCGUCACGCCUGUGCGGCCGCCGCCUCCGAAGGUCACGCAUCCGAAGGAACUCGUCAACUUGCAUCCCGCUCCAGUAGUGCCCAAGAAAGCUUCCCUCCUGCCCAAGCGGGAGAAACCGAAGAGACUCGUGAAACUCCAUCCGGUGACUCCUCCCGAGGUUCGCUCCGAGCCAGCCGCCUUUCCUAGACCAAGGAGAAGCAGUGGAGGUAGUGUCAAAGAUCUAGUGAAGAAUUUUGAACAGAUAGAGCAGGUGGCUGGCAAUGUGGGUGGUACUUUGAAGAGGGUCAAGAGUGUGACAGAAUUGAGGAAGGGUAAACAUCUAGAGCAUGCACGACCUACCUGGAAACCUUGA